GCCUCCCCAGCGCCGUGCGCAGCCGCCUCCCGCUCCUCCUCCUCCGCCUGCUGCUGCUGCUCCUCGCCCCCCGCUCCCGGCCAUGGCGCGGGGGCUGCUGGCGGCGGCCGCCCUGCUGGGCUUUUUACAGGUUUCCUCUUCGUUUGAUGUGAAAGAUUCAUCUGGCCAAGUCUGCGUAAUUGCUAACCUGACAGCAGCCUUCUCAGUGGAAUACAAAAGCAAUGGGCAAAAACAGUUUGCACACUUCUUUCUUCCACAAAAUGCCACAACACAGCCAUACAGCUCAUGUGGUGAUGGUAACACAUCUCAGCCAAUGCUAGCAUUGAGUUUUGGAGCAGGACAUUUGUUAAGCCUGAAUUUCUCAAAAACUAUGGAUAAGUACAAAGUAGAACAGCUAACUUUCCGCUACAACCUGUCAGAUGCAACUUUAUUCCAUAAUUCAACUGAAGGAAAAGUGAUGGAAGCGUCACAAAAAUCUGUUAUUCAGGCACAUAUGGGCACAGAAUACAGAUGCAUCAACUCCAAGCACAUCCUUAUGAAGCAUGUGAACAUUACUUUUAGCAACGUGACUUUGGAAGCCUAUCCCACAAAUGGCACUUUCAGCAGAAACAAGACAGAAUGCUCUGAAGACAUGGUUUCUACUACUACUGUAGUACCAACAACUCCUAAACAGACUACUAGCCAGGUUCCAACAGCUAGCCCAGCACCAACUGCAUUGCCUCCAAAUCCUGCCGUUGGUAAAUACAAUGUGACUGGUACAAAUGGAACCUGUGUGCUUGCCUCCAUGGGGCUACAGCUUAAUAUCACCUAUCAAAAAAAAGAUGAAAAGAUGGGGUUAGACUUGCUGAAUUUCAUACCACAUAAUACAACUGCUUCUGGAAAAUGUGACAACGUGUCUGCCUUCCUAAAUCUGACUUUUGAGAAAACAAAGAUUAUCUUCCACUUCGUAUUGAAUGCAAGUAAUGACAAAUUCUUCCUGCGAGGUGUGAGUAUCAGCACGACUCUGCCUUCUGAAGCAAAAGCUCAAAUUUUUGAAGCAUCAAACAACAACAUGAGUGAACUGAGAGCUACCGUAGGGAACUCCUACAAGUGCAGUGCAGAGGAGAAUCUCCAUGUCACAGACAAAGCCCUUGUCAACGUGUUCAAUGUUCAGGUCCAGGUUUUCAAGGUCGAUGGAGACAAAUUUGGGGCAGUGGAAGAAUGUCAGCUGGAUGAAAACAACAUGCUGAUCCCUAUAAUAGUUGGUGCAGCCCUUGCUGGUCUUGUUCUAAUUGUCUUGAUUGCUUAUUUGAUUGGCAGAAAGAGGAGCCAUGCUGGAUAUCAAACAAUUUAAUGACUUGCACUAAAAUCCAGCGUAGAUGAAAAGCAAUUGCAAGAAGCUAGAAAAAAAAAUACCUAUCUCCCCUGAGCUAAGAUUGAUAUUGUAAGGGAACACCUUUUCUUGCAAAUUGCUUCUUAAAGUCUGCUUUAUUAAAUGUGAAAUCAUCUUGCAGCAUUUAACUAUGCACAGAAAUAACUUCUGAAAAUUCUGGUGUUUAAUUUUGCUAACUAGUUUAAAUAUUUACCCACUUAGAAACCAGCUAAAAGUUUUGUUUUGUUUUUUUUUUAAGGGUGCUGUUUUGGAAUUGGCAUAAGGUAAUGUCAGUGUAAAGAUUCCAGAGAGGGAUGUUGCUAAUUUACUUUGACUCAAUUGCAGAACUCUUAACAAAGGGAAAAUGUUCAUUUUUGGUACUGCUGCCAUCCAGUGAUGAUGUUAAUUAUACUGAUGAUGCAUUUAAAGAAAUCCAGUAACAACUGACAAAAUGGAAAUUUAUCUAAACUCCACCUUGUCUAUUAGGUGUGUAUUUUUUAUUACUAAGCUUUAAACACGAUGCCUGGCAUAUGCAGGGUGUGAACGCAAUACGCAAACCUUACAGGAACUCUUUAUGAUUGGACAACUCCCCUGUUUGAUAUUUUUGAUGCUACGCCAGCUUGUUAGGAGCUGGCACUUUUUUAAAAAAUGGGUGUUAUUUUUAUUUACAUUUUUUUGUAAAGUGAUUUCAGUCUCUUCUGUUGGAAGGUCCAGAGAGAUCCUGUUACUGCACAUGUGUACAAUAUAGGUCUCAAUCUGCUGAUUCUCUUGCUUUAAACUUGGCUGGGGGGUUGUACACUUUAAGGAUCAGUUCUUAUGUAUGCAUUGCCUGUAACAAUGCUAAUAAAGACACUUUUUUUCUGUAAA